AGGGCAACGUCGCAACCAAGCCUUCCGCCGUGAUCUCCUCGCGGCGCGAGCCAUGCCGCCGCUGGGGGCCUGCACCGUGUACUGCGGCUCGUCCUGGGGGGCGCGCCCAGCGCACGGGGAGGCGGCGCGGACCUUCGGGAGGCUGCUGGCGGAGCGGCAGCUGGAGCUCAUCUACGGCGGUGGCAACGUGGGGCUCAUGUCGGAGGCCUGGAGGCAUCGCCGCCGACAGGCAGGGGGCCGCGUCGUGGGCGUCAUCCCGCAGUUCCUGAAGGACCUGGAGAGGGAGCACAAGGGCUGCACGGAGCUGCAGGUCGUGCCAGACAUGAGGACGCGCAAGCUGCAGAUGUUAGAGAGGGGCGACGCCUUCGUCGCCCUGCCCGGGGGCGUCGGGACGCUGGAGGAGCUCCUCGAGGUCCUGGAGUGGACCGUGUCUGGGCGGCACGACAAGCCGCUGGGCCUCCUCAACCUGGACGGCCUGUACGACCCUCUCCUCGAGCUGCUCCGCGGGGCCGUGCAGGAGCGCUUCGAGGCGCCGGACCUGCUCGACCGGCUCGUCGUUGCAAGCUGCCCCGAAGAGCUGCUGGCAGGGCUGGAGGCGGCAGCUGCGGCCGCCGGCGCCUGCAGGGAAAAGCUGGCGGCGCCGAGGGCGCCGGCUGCUGCCGCGCUGCCCCUCGCAAGCCAGCCGGAGCUGGAAGGCGCCAGCGCCACGGCGGUGCUGGCCGAUAGCCAGGAGCCGGCUGGCGGCGGAGGAGCGGAGGACUUCCGGGCCGCCGCGGAGCGCUUGGGGCGCCUGUUGGCCGAAGAGGGUGCCGCGGUCGCGCUCGGCGGCAGCGCCGCGUGCCCAGGCUCCCUCGCGCACGCCGUCGCCGCAGGGGCCGCCGCCGCGGGCG